GAAAUACCUUAUCGCCUCCUUUCCUACCCUCAAGCAAGUGGGCUACACCAUACUUCCGGACAACGUUUGGCGACCGCUUGUUCUAGGUGAAGUCAAGAGCCCAACCGCCAUUGCAGUCGACCCGCUCUCCUCCCGCAUGUACGUCGCAGAUCCACCCCGAGGUGUGAUUUGGUGGUAUCAGCUGGGGACUGGGACCAACGGGCUGCUCCAAACUGUGGGGCGGCAGCGGGCUGCAGUAGAGGGCUUUAGUGCGCACUGGCUGGCUGUCAAUGGCGCCGGUGACCUGUAUUUUAGCGGACAUCCUCUACCCAAGGAUGGAGAAAACAGUACCACGGACUCAGUUUGGCGGCUCAAUAACGAGCAGGUGGUCACCGGUGACACUUUCAACCCAGCAGAGGUAUAUACCGCAGAGAACACUGGUCAGCCGGACUCCAAGGUUUUCCAGCUUUCCGGACUCGCCGUGGAUUCCUUCUUCAUCUUCUGGGGAAACCAGGCGGGUGGUAAAGACCACGGAGCGGUGAACAAGGGAAGCCGAGCAAAUAUCGGCCUGUCCUCGCAGGACAUGUUCGUCACAACCCUUGCGGAUGGCGUGGAUGAGGUUCGAGGAAUCACCACCUCCGGCACCGAAGUCUUUUGGGUGUCGCCUGAGGGUGUGUAUGGGCAGAGCAAGACGACAACCAGCAAGGUCUCAGACCCAGCCGUAGGACUGAUGUCGCCGCCUAUGUCAGCCAAAUGGAACCCGAUGAGCAUCGCCUGGGACGGCGCAUCCAACCUGUACCUGACGGAUGUAUCUGCUGGCGCCAUCUACACCCUUCCAUCGCGAAUAUCGUCCGCGCAGUCAUUGAGCAAAUUCGCUGAUGCUCCGGACUGUCACGGUCUUGCAGUGUGGGCCUCUGUCGUUUCUCUUCAAGGUUUGGAGUUUGAGUUUACAUGCUGA